AUGGCCUCUCUCCGAACCCAGAGCGCGGCUCGCAUGCUGCGAAGCGUCGCCUCGCCCCGCGUCGCCCUCUCCGCCGCCCCCCGACGCUUCCAGAGCUCCGUCACCACAGCGGCCCCCGGCACCGUCCCCGUUACUCCCAGCACCACCAACCAGCCCGACUACGAUAUCCAGGCGGACAAGGCGACCUCCACCUUUACCCCCGUCCCCAAGUCAGUUCAGACUGGCAGCGAGGAGAUCCUCCCUGCUUCGAUCAUCUCGGGCGCUCCCGUUGAACUCCAGGCCCGAACUGUCCGCAUCUACCAGGAGACCAAGCCCGCAACUCAAUCCGGCGAGUGGCGCGGCCAGCGCUGGCGCAUGGAUUGGGAUAUUCUCCCCAAGGGCCAUCGUUGGGAGAACCAGCUGAUGGGCUGGCAGUCAUCGGGUGACUUCAUGCAGGGCACCCACAUCAACUUCCAGAGCAAGGAGGACGCCAUCCACUUUGCUGAGAAGCAGGGCUACGAGUACUUUGUUCAGGAGCCCAAGUCGAGGAAGAUCAGCCCCAAGGCUUACGCCAACAACUUCCUCUACUCGCCCAAGAAGCUCAAGCACAUCAGGACGAAAUAG